AUGGAGAUGGUGCCUAUUGCUGCUACUGAUUCACAUGAAAAUGAUCAUAUGUGCAAAGAGCUGGGCAUUGACAUUACAAUAGUCAUGGAUAAUGAUCUUAUUUGCGACGAGUCGAUCAUUGAUGUUUCAGCUGCCAUGGAGCCAGCCCGGUGGUCUGAGUGCUGCAUCUAUAGGGCUCCCGGGAAAAUUCGCAAAAUAAAUAAAGAAGCCUACACUCCAAAGGUAAUCUCCAUAGGCCCUUUUCACCACGGUGGAAAUGAAGUAAGGGAUGAGGACAGUCAAAAAGAAUUGAGGGAUAUGGAAACGUUGAAAGUGAGAAAAUUAAAGGAAUUUUGUGAUCGGACUGGGAAAUGCCAGAAGGAAAUAGCAGGGAUCAUUGAAAAAAACCAAGAUAAGAUUCGUCGUUGUUAUUCAGAGAGCUUUGAUAUCAGCAAGGAAGAUUUCGUGAAGAUGGUUCUAUUGGAUUCCACCUUUAUCAUGGAGGUUUUAUUGAGGGCUGAUGAUAGAGAAAAAUAUAAAGACGAUUUUAUUGUAAGUAAUCCAAUGGUGAACGACAAUAUACGACUAGACUUGAUAUUACUUGAGAAUCAACUUCCGUUCUUUAUUCUGAAGGAGUUAUAUGAGAAAUCUUAUGAAAGACACAGUGAAAGGCCCAUUUUUCAGCUUGCCUGCAAAUAUUUUAGUCGCUAUAUCGAGAAAAACCCAGAAGGGGAGAAGGUGGAGAAAGUAAAACAUUUCACUGAUUUGAUCAGACUUUCAUAUUGUCCAGAUAAUCUCGAAUUCAAUGUAAGAAAGAAAAAUCCAUGUACUGCAACAAAGCUGUACGAGACAGGAGUGAUAUUCAAAUUGCAUGAAGAUUCACUUGACAUACACUUCCACAAGUCGCUUUCCACUAAAACAAGUCCAUGCUUCAAUUUCUCAUGGCUCUUAAAAUGCCUGCUGGGUUUGACAGGCUUUGGGUGCUUGGAACAUACACAACCUUUGUUGAAGAUCCCACGCUUCAUAAUAGAUGACGAUACUGAAGGCCUUCUCCGAAAGAUCAUGCUAUUGGAGCAAUGUCAUUAUCCAUUCGAAGCUUUCGCAUGCAAUCAUAUGUGGAUAUUGGAUUAUCUUAUCAACAGUAAAGAAGAUGUGGAGUUGCUCAUUGAAAAAAAUAUUAUAUAUAACGAUUUAGGUAGCAAUGAAGUAAUUGCCGAAAUGUUAGAUACAAUUUCAAGCAUUGUGCUCAUUGUGAUAGGUUUGCUUGACAUUGUUUAG